UGUUCCGCCCCCCGUCGGCAGUCAACUUGCCCCUUCAGCGCGGGCCAGGCUGGGUGUAGGUGGGUGCCUGGUCCGGAGGCGGAGGUGAGGCUCCCGCGUUCCUGUCGCUCUGCAGGAACUGCCAACUCGCGCCGUGCCUGGGGCAGUUCUCAGUUUGGAUAGCGGCACGGGACAGGUCACAGGCUGACUCUCGCGGCUUCAGGACACUCCAGAAGGCCACUUCCGAAGCAAGGACUGUCGUCUUCUGACCAUCUGCCCGCUGCCCCAGCUGGAUGGGGCCGAGUUUGUCGGUUUUCUCUCCUGGAGAGUAAGUUGGGGAGGCCUCAGGCCCGGGCUGCCUCCUGCCUACCACGGAUUGCAAGGUGGUUCACAGCCCCGAUGGCUGCCGAGUCCUGCUCCCCGACUCCGGGUGAGAUGCCUCUGACCUUCCAGGAUGUGGCUGUGUACUUCUCCAGGGCAGAAGGGCAGCAGCUCAGCCCCGAGGAGUGGGCGCUGUACCGGGAUGUGAUGUUGGAGAACUAUGGGAACGUGGCCUCACUGGGAUUCCCAGGCCCAAAGCCAGAACUGAUCUCCCAGCUGGAGCAAGAGGAGGAGCUGUGGGUCCUGGAUCUUCUUGGGGCCGAAGAACCAGAAGUCUUGAGAAGCUGCCAGACAGAUUCUGAGACCGAAACUGAGAAGGAGCUCUCCAUUUUAAACCAGAAAUGUUCCAAAGAAGUAAAAACCCCAGAAUUGCUAUCACAAAAAUUCCCAAGGGCUAACACACAGGCAUCUGAGUCCCAGGAAGCUCGUGCCCGUGAAGGUCAGGGAGACAGGAGCCGCGGGGGCUCUGCUACUCAGGGUUUGAAGAUUGUUGCUCAAAAGGACUUUACGAUCUGUCGGGGGCAACUCCCAGAGAAAGCCCAGGCUUCUGCAUUUGACAAACACUUGAAUCCCAGCCAAAGUGUUGUUACAAUUCAAAGAAAUAAAGCAGGACAGAGAGUCUUUAAAUGUGACAUAUGCAAUAAAACGUUUAAAUAUAAUUCAGACCUAAGUCGGCACCGCAGGAGUCACACUGGGGAAAAGCCUUAUGAAUGCGGUCCGUGUGGGCGGGCCUUUACGCACAGCUCAAAUCUUAUUCUACACCAGCGAAUCCACACUGGGAAUAAACCAUUUAAGUGCGAUGAAUGUGGGAAGACUUUUGGGCUCAAUUCCUAUCUCCGUCUGCAUCAGAGAAUUCACACUGGAGAAAAGCCCUUUGGGUGUAAUGAGUGUGGGAAGGCCUUCAGUAGAAGUUCAAGUCUCAUUCAGCACCGUAUAAUACACACAGGGGAGAAGCCCUACAAGUGUAGUGAGUGUGGGAAAGCCUUCAGCCAGAGUCCCCAGUUAACUCAGCACCAGAGGAUCCACACGGGGGAGAAGCCCCACGGAUGCAGUUGGUGUGGGAAGGCUUUCAGUCGGAAUGCAAGCCUUAUUCAGCACCAGAGGAUUCACACAGGCGAAAAGCCCCACAAAUGCGCUCAGUGUGGGAAAGCCUUCAGCCAGAGCUCCAGCCUUUUCCUUCACCACAGGGUUCACACUGGGGAGAAGCCCUAUGUGUGUGGAGAAUGUGGACGGGCCUUUGGCUUCAAUUCUCAUCUUACUGAGCACGUCAGGAUUCACACCGGGGAGAAGCCCUAUGUGUGCAGCGAGUGCGGGAAGGCCUUCAGCCGGAGUUCGACUCUGAUGCAGCACCGCAGAGUGCACACCGGGGAAAAGCCCUACCAGUGCACGGAGUGCGGGAAGGCCUUCAUCCAGAGCUCCCAGCUCACCCUCCACCAGCGUGUUCACACUGGAGAGAAGCCUUACGAGUGUGGUCUCUGCGGGAAGGCCUUCAGCAGGAGAUCGGCUCUCACUCAGCAUCAACGCAUUCACAUGGGCGAGAACCCACAGGAAUUUGAGUGUGGCCCAGACUUUGUUUAUGACUCCAGCCAUCUGUCUGCUGGAGAGAGAGGUGGCAGGGCCUUCAGCCACAGUGCAAAACUUGUCCUGCAGUGGACAAUACGGAGUGAUGAGAAAUCCCGGGGUUGUCAUGAGUGUGGGAAAACUUACGGCACAUCCUCACAGUCCACGGACUAUCAGAAAAUUCAGGCUGGGGAGAAACCCUAUAAAUGCCAGGAAUGUGGUGGUAAAGCCAGUAGUGGGGUGUCGCCCCUUACUCCACACCAUGUGACUCGUGUUGGAGAGAAGCCACAGCUGAAGGAGGGAUCUGAAAGAUACUUAAUUCAAAUCAAAAAGAUUUUCCAAGAAAGACAUUUUUAACGUGACAAAUGUAGAAAACAGUUUGGAAACUCUGCUCUAUAUUAGGUAGGAUUGCAUAAUGAAAGUUAAAUAAACUGUUACUAACAGACUUGCAUGUUAGGAGGCUGGGGCUGUGUGGCCUAUUGUGUCUUCCCACCUCACACCUCAUGCUCAGGGUCCUGACCGACUCAGAACAGCAGGUCAAGUUUAGGUUUUUAAUCGCAGGGUUGAGUUCCCGCACUAAAGAGCAGUUGAUGGGAGGUUUCAAGAUAAUGACUUCUCUCUUCAUUGGCGACUGUGAGAGAGAGAGAGACCCAGAGAAUCAGUGGAUUCGACCUGUCUCGUUUGAGAAUAUUAAUGAUGCUAAGGACAGAUAUGGCCAUGAUUGGCAAGCACGUGGAUGGUCCAGGGACCGAGGUGGCACUGCCAGUGGCUGGUGGGACUAAAUGUAGGUUCUCUGGGUGCAGGGGAGACGGAAGCCUGGAGGGCAGCCACUGUGAGGCAGAGGGUGCAGGCUUCUGAGACACCAGCACAAACCCAUAGCUGUGGUGACUGGAGCUUAGGGCCAACAGCAACAGGGACAGCUACAAAGAGUAAAACUCCCGCCGGAGAUCGUCCUGGUGGGGUGGCUGUAACUUAAAGAUCUUUUGGCCCUCACUGAAUUAGUCAUGUGCCGUGAACAAAUCUUGUACUUUCCAUUCUCUUCUGCCAACACACCCUGACUGCUGCCAACUCCCAGGUUUCCUCAUUACCAGACUUUCCUUUUUAACAAAGUGCUGUCCAUGUUUUGUGUUUUAAACGCCUUGCCAGGCACUUGAGUGACAGAGACAGGUGGAUCUCUGUGAGUUUGAGGUCCCAGACAAACAUAGACCCUGUCUCAAAAAAAAAAAUUUUUUUUUGAAAAGCAUUUUAGAUUUCCCUUUUUGUUUUUACUAUGACUCCUUUUUUGUUUGUUUGUUUCUUACUGUUUUUGUUUUUUUGUUUUGUUUUUGUUUUUUGUUGUUUUGGUUUUGAUGGGCGUUGGUUAGAUUGCCCUUUUUUACUGUCUACUGGGGUUAUCCUGUGAGGUUGGGUGCCUCAGCUCUGAGAUCAGAAUCUACCUUUUUCUUUUUUCCUUUGGAAGUUGAGCAAGCUGUGGUUUUCUCCAACUCUAGGUAACAUUUCUCAGUGAAGCAAAGUUGGAUAGCAGCAGAGCUGUCUGAAUCCUGCCUGUAUAGCCUCCACGCUGUGUACCCCAGGGUCAGUGCAGACACCGGGAGAUCCUUGAUGGUGUUAUUUAUAUUGUACCUUUUUUACCGCAAGAUACACGAAUAAGCCAUCAAUGUUGUAUUUGCAGUGGCUAAGGAAUUCUUACACCCAGUUUCCUUCGACUUAAUGAAGCCAAUUAAAAAACUGUGAAAACCAAUAUCAGUGUGUAGUGAUGGUGUGACUCAGCACAGUGCCCGCUUAGUAUGGUAUAAAAACCUUGGCUUGAGCCCUAGCACUGGAAAAACUGGGCAUCUUGAUGCACACUUUUAUUUUAGCACUUCAGAGAUUGAGGCAAGAUGAUAACAAAUUCAAGGCCAACCUAGGUUACUUGAGACCCUCCCUAAAACAAAACAGAAAACCAAAUAUGUAGAUAAUUAAUCCUAGCAAGCAAUACAAACUGAGGGGUUGCUAGUCUUAUUAAUGUUGAAAAUAAACAUAAGGGAAUUCAUCUUGCAAAAUAAAGAAGUUUGUGUGGAA